GCCUCCGACCUACCUCCACACUGACCCGGAGCGAGAGUCAACCGGCCAUAGCAGAGACGGCUCUACAUCUCUACAUCACAGGAGAGGAUAAAACAUCUAUAACCAUUCGUAGAAAGGACCCGCUUUCUCCUGAGACAGAGCCUGUUUUGGGGCUGCUGGUGGUGGCGGGUGGGCCGCAUUGGGGACACGUCGGGGCUGCCUUGGUGGCACUAUGCAGCUGCCAGGGACGGGGACAGUGGCCUUACUGCUGUGCUGGUGGACCACUCUGGGACGAGGCUCCUCCCCAGGUGACCCCUGGGCCCAGUGUAAGAGUAAGUCCUGUGAGAGCAAGUUUGCGGAUGGGACGUGCAAUAGGGAAUGUGCUGAGCCUGACUGCCUCAGGGACGGCUUUGACUGCAUCAAAGAGGAAGACAAAGGCCACUGCAAAGCAGGCCAUGUCCAUUACUGCAGGAACCACUACGACGACUCUUUCUGUGACCACGGCUGCAACAACGCCCCCUGCGGCUGGGACGGCAGCGACUGCCACGCCGAUCCCGUGUGGGCCAAGGGCACCCUGAUCGUGCACGCCAGGAUCCCCUAUGCGCGGGGAGGAACCUUCCAGAACAACUCUCUGCUGUGGUCCCUGAGCGUCCUGCUGAGGACCACGGUGAAGUUAAGGGACCGGGCACCACUGCACCCUUCUAGUGACCUCCUCAAGAUGCAGACCCAGCAGCUCACAGACCUGCUGAAGCCCACCGCACCUGCCACCAGCGAGGGCUCCCUGUUGUUCCUGCAAGUGGACAACAGACCCUGCCUGCAGCAGCCAGAGCCCACCUGCUUCCCCUUCGCCCAGGCGGCCGGCCGCUUCCUCCAGGCCCGCAUGGCAGUGGGCCGCAGUCCCAGCUCCUGGCUCCCCGAGGUGGGGGCGGUCAUCCAAGUACUGGGAGUUAUGGAGGAGCUAGGGGACCGCAGCGAGAGGAUAAAGCCAGACACGUCCCCAGUGUGGCUGUGGCCGGUGAUCGGGGUAGCCGUGGGCCUGGGACUGGUGACAGUGGUGGCGGUGGUACUGGUGGUAGUGUGGAUGCGCAGGAGAAGGAGGAGAAGAAGAAGAGAAGGAGGAGGAGGAGGAGGAGAGGAGGAAGAGAGGGAGCGAAUGCGCCAUCGCUCCAACGGCACCGAUAACAACAACGGCAGCAAGGCCUGGGUGGAUGCGGACGGCGUUGGUGAGGAGAGAGGCGGUGGUGGGGGGCGUGGAGGGGGUGGUAAAGGGCGGCGUGGGCACGAGAAGAACGGCCUCCUGAAGAACAAGAAGAAGAAAGGGAAGGAGACAGGGAAGAAGAGGCGAGAGCCGCUCGGAGAGGACGCCAUUCGCUUAGGACCUCUGAGGAAGGAUCUGGACAUCGGAAGUGACACGGAUAUGACCCAGAGCUCCAUGGAGGAUGUCAGGUACUCGCGGCGGGACACGUCCAUCCACGACCACCGGACGCCUGAGCAGAAAAACUUCAGGCUGCUUCAGGCCCCUAGCCACGCACAGUCACCGCUGCAGACUCCCCCAAGAGGCUGGGACAGAAAUGCAACUCCUUCACACCAGAGAGCACAGACACCAACUAAUGUUGCUCCAGUUCAGUGGUGUGGUCCUGACGGGUCAGUGGUUCUGAUCCGAGCCGUACGGAGCGGACUGGACAGGGUCGUCCUAGAACUCCUCAGAGCAGGGGUGCCUGUCAACAACACGGACCACACCGGGAGAUCAGCCCUGCACUGGGCAUGCACAGUAAAUCACCUCGCCCUGGCUCGAACCCUCAUCCGCUACGGGGCCGCCGUGGACCUUCAAGAUAACAAGAGUGAAACGGCUCUCUUCCUCUCGGCGCUCCACGGCUGCUACGACACGGCCAGACUCCUCCUCCUCAACGGCGCCAACCAGGAGCUGUGUGACCACCGCGGCUGGCGGCCCCUGGACGUGGCCCGUGAGGCCAUGCACCCCCAGGUGCUGGAGCUGCUACUGGCUCACAGGGGCCCCAGAGGCGGGCCGGGCCCGGCCCACGUCUCCCCCGACUGCGAGGUGCUGUGGGACGACAGGGGCUUCCUCUACUCCCCCUGGGCUGCCGCCGCGGUGCCCUCCCUGCCUGGCAGGAGCGCCUCGUUCUCUGGGUCCAUAUCGCCAAGAGGGCUGUCCACGCCUCCGCCCAGUAACUGGGGUAUGAUCCCUGUUCAGUGUCCCUCUCCUCAAAAUUGGCGUCCAACACUCCAACAGUCCGCCACAGCGCUGGUGACACCCCGCAUCCUCGGCCGCCCACCCAGGCCAAUCAGCACACUGCAGGAAGUGACCUCAGAGGCCGAAGAGGAAGAGAGGGAAGCAGCCCGCGACCGCCAGGUGCCCAGGGCAGUCACACCUCACUCCCAUUUCCUGUCACCACAGCCCGCGCCCAGACAGCGCUCCUUUUCCUGCACGCAGCACGCUUUUCAGCGGCGUUCCAGCGGCAACCCAGGAGAGAUGAUGCUGUCCGUCGCUCCGCCCCUAGACAAGGCAGCCAUUGAGCAAGUGGAAAAAGCCAUUUCCCCGCCCCCGAGAGAGGCACCCGUCCAAUUAGAUAGCAAAGCCAGCAUCCACAUCCCUCCCAAACCCCCAGUAGAUCUACCAAAAGAUGUCACCAUCAAAAACUCCAACCACAACCAAAAGAAUGAAAAGGCCAAUUAUGAAAAUGCUGCUUCCUCUCAGCCGUCAGUCGUUUAAGUGAUAUAUGCAGUCACAAUGAAUGUUUUUUUUAUCAUGCUGAAAUGGACCCAAAUUAAGCUGUAUAAUUUAUUUCCAGUGAAGAAUUAUUUUACGUAUUCUCCAUUUUGUUUCAAUUACUCAACUGUUAAUAAACAUGUUAUU